ACGGGACGUUUUUUCAACAACAACAACAGCUAGUCAGACACCUCGGUAGCUUGCUCGCCAACAUAACCGAAACAUUGAAGCUCUUUAGACUGUCUCAGUGUUUUAAACACAGUUGUGUCGUUUAGCUAGUUACCUUAUUUAAUGUUAUAUGUAUAUUGUUAGUCAGUUACCUGGCUUGAUAAGUUAGCCUAGCACUAGGCUAGUCGCUAAUGCUAGCUAGCUAACAUCCCUGACCAUGAGUUCACUAAGCUACUCUCCUCCUGCUAAAGAAGAAGCGGUCUGCUGGACGGAGAAUAAGGCUCCAGAGGGUAUAUGGCUGAACAUUGUCGUGAAAGAGGAGAAAGAAGAGGAGGAUGUCACAGUUAAAAAACAAGUAAAGGUUGAGGCUGUUCCCGUGAAAGAAGAAGAGGAAGACGUUACUGUGAAAGAAGAGGAAGACACGUUCAGAGUGAAAGAGGAGGAGGAAGAGCAAGAGGAGGAUGCAGGGGAGGAGGGGGAGAUGACUGUCACAUUGAAAGAAGAAGACGAGGAGGAGACAGAAGAUUUGAUUGAGACCAGAGAGGGACCAGACUCUCACUCUGACAGGGGAAAGAGUCCUUCAGGGGGACCAGACCCAGUGACACCCAAACCAGCGAGACAACACCACUGCUCCCAAUGUGAAAAGAGAUUUUCCCUAUCAUGGGACCUAAAACGGCAUGAGAGGAUACACACAGGAGAAAGGCCUUUCCAAUGUUCCCAGUGUGGAAAGAGUUUUACUUUGUUAGGAAACCUGAGGGAGCAUAAGAGAAUACACUCUGGAGAGAAACCGUACAACUGUUCCCAGUGUGGAAAGAGUUUCGCCUGGUUAGGGAGCCUAAAGCAACAUGAGAGGAUACACACAGGGGAAAAGCCUUUCCAAUGUUCCCAGUGUGGAAAGCGUCUUACCCGCUUAAGGAGCCUGAAGGCGCAUGAGAGGAUACACACAGGGGAAAAGCCUUUCCAAUGUUCCCCGUGUGGAAAGCGUCUUACCUGCUUAGGGAGCCUGAAGGCGCAUGAGAGGAUACACACAGGGGAAAAGCCUUUCCAAUGUUCUCUGUGUGGAAAGCGGUUUACCCAGUUAGGGACCCUAAAAGAGCAUGAGACAACACACACACAAGAAAAGCCCUACCAAUGCUCCCAGUGUGGAAUGAGUUUUAUCAAUUUAAGACAUCUGAAUAAGCAUGCAAUAAUGCAUACACAGGAGGAGAAGACAUACCACUGCUCUCAGUGUGGAAAGACAUUUUCCCAGUCAGAAGACCUGAAAUCACAUGAGAGAAUAGAGAGGCUGUGUUCUGACUUAUCUUUUUGACCUGAGAAUUUAGGUUUUUGUUCUUGCCAAAUGAAAUCCUAUUGUUUAUAUGAAAUCAUUAACAAAAUAGAUGUACUUUUGUUUUAGUUUUCAGCUGUUGACCUGAUGUCUAAAAUCAGAUUAAAUACUAUACAAGUUUAUUUUGUUUUGAUUAUGAAACUUUAAUGGAUACAACUAUAAACCUUCUAUUGUUCAUUAUACACUGCUCAAAAAAAUAAAGGGAACACUUAAACAACACAAUGUAACUCCAAGUCAAUCACACUUCUGUGAAAUCAAACUGUCCACUUAGGAAGCAACACUGAUUGACAAUACAUUUCACAUGCUGUUGUGCAAAUG